AUGUCCGGCGAAUUCAUCAUCAAAGACCAGCCCAUCGACGGCACCGAUGUCUUCGCGCUUCCUCCCGCGGCUCUAAGUCCCGCCAAGGAUGACUCGGCCAGUCGACGCUCCUCUCGCUCGGAUCCUACUUAUGUGCCUGCUUCGCCAACGUCGCCCGAUCUGGUUGCUCGAGGCCGCAAUAAUACUAUCACUAAUACUUCCCGAACGGGAACGGCCACCAAGCGGCCACUGGAGGAUUUUGAUCUACCGCCGCCUCCCACUAGGACACGCAAAAUCAUCCAGAUGAAACCCAAGUCUCCGGCAACCUCAGCCAAGUCCCCCGCGAAGCCGAAGGAGAACGGCAAACCCUCCAGUCAGCCGUCCGAGCCGGCUGCCAAUGGCGCCUCGGCAUCCAAGAAGAAACAGCCGAGUGCCACAAGUGCCGCCGGCCGCAAGAUUGCUCGCAAGACCGCCCACAGCCUGAUCGAGAGGCGCCGUCGUUCCAAGAUGAAUGAGGAAUUCGGUACAUUGAAGGAUAUGAUUCCAGCCUGUCGAGGACAAGAGAUGCACAAGCUGGCCAUUCUUCAGGCUAGCAUUGACUAUGUCAACUACUUGGAGCAAAUCAUCCAGGAUCUGAAGACUGACGGCAAGACUCACACCGCUGCUCCACCUUCUCCGACAUCCCCAGAGUUCAUCGUCGAUGGAGGUGGAGAUACGGUUCACGAGUCAACCCCGCGCCCGCCAUCUUCCACAUACUCCUAUUCGGCCUCCGCAUCGCCUGAAAUCUUACCACCCAGUGGUCAAAUUUCGGAUGUCUCGCCUUCUUUCUCCCCUCGCACUCGCCUCCCCUCUGUGCACACCAUCCCUGAUGUUCCCUCUAUCCUCCCCAGCCCUGCCCUGGGUCCAUCCUAUGCGUCAAUGGAUAAGAUCCAAGAGCUCCAGUGUAUCGACCACGAGGCUUCGGCUGCCUUGAUGAUGCUGACUCGGGAUCGCCGAGGUACUGCCGACUCCAUCAACGAGCAAUUUUCCACCAGCACUGCCUUUGGUUCUUCUUCUGAGGGAGCGCAAACAUCGCAUGAUGCAAAGCGGAGAAAGGGUAUGAGUGUACGCGACCUCCUUAUCUCGUGA